CGAACAGCAGCUUCCUUUAUGUGGAAGCAGAAGUACACGCACACACACACAGAGACCUUCACACACCCACACACCCACCCACGCACACACAUUCUAGAAGUGGAAGAGUUCGGAGUUGGCAGGGGCGGUUGUUGAAACAACAUGUAAGAACACAUGUGUCAGUGUGGCUCAGGACCUUCGCAGUUUCUUCACCGAGUUGUCCACAGGCAAGAACAAGCACUGUGACGACGGGGUCGCAUCGUGGUGCGAGGUGUUCUCCCAGGAAUGCAGACGGGCUCGGACACAGCUUGCAGGGACAUGCAGGAUGCAACACGCGUUCGUUGUUACAAGAGAAGCUAGAAGCAGCUCGAUUCCGUCAUCAUUCCCUCCUGACGUCAUUACAGCAUGAACAGCACAACUUAUGCAGAUUCAGAACCGGGGGCCUGUAUAAGCGCGGACCCCGGGCCUGGUCCUGAUGUCUUCUGCAAGCUGUGCCUCAGCAAGCACACACUUGAACUCACUACAACGCUGCACAGCUGCAGGUGCAUCUUCUGUACAACUUGUCUGCAGCAGUAUGUUGAGCUAGCUAUCAAGGAGGGCGGGGGCGAACCUGUCACCUGUCCAGAUAUGGAUUGCAGAAACAUGGGCGUGUUGCUGGACACGGAGAUAGAUGACUUGGCCUCUGCGGAUCAAGCGGAGAUGUAUCAGCGUUUAAAGUUUGAGAGAGGUGUGAGCCUGGACCCAAGUAAAACCUGGUGCCCGCUGUUCGACUGCCAGGCUGUGUGCACAGUGCAGCUGAGUUCUGAAGGCCAGGCCGUCGCUGUGCCCUGUCCCACUUGUCACACCAUCUUCUGUUCCGAGUGCAAGGUACCAUGGCAGGGAGGCCACACCUGUUCCGAGCUGCAGCCCAUGAUGUCACACUCUAAUGAAAGCAGCCACUCCGAGCUGCCCAUCAAACAGUGUCCAAAGUGUGGCGUCUAUAUCGAGAGGAACCAGGGCUGUGCACAGAUGGUGUGCAAAUGCUGCAAGCACAUAUUCUGUUGGCAUUGCCUGCAAAAUUUAAAAGGUGAUAUUUUCCUCAGGCAUUACGAUAAGGGGUCAUGCAGAAACAAACUCGGCCACUCCAGAGCCAUGCUUAUGUGGGGCAGAACCAAGGUGGUGGGUCUCCUUGUGGGGGUCACCAUUGUGGUGCUGGUAACUUCUCCUCUCCUCCUGCUGGCCUCACCAUGUAUCUGUGCUGCAUAUGCAAUCCAUGAACAGCGCAGAAAAAUAAGAUUAAGAAGAAGACACAGAAAAAGAAGACAGGCUUUAGCCAACCAGACUCCACCACAUCCGAUCACCUUCAUGCAUAUGCAAGAUUAUGGCCCUGAUAGAGAUGUCAUCAACAAGUCGACAUAAUCAGCAUCAGAACCAUGCUCUGGUGUGUUUGAAUGUUGGCAGUAGAUGUGUGAGAUUGCUUCUUGCACAUGCACUUCAAUCCCUUCCCUUAUGUGCCAAAAGAGAUAAGUUAGAUGCUCAAGUGCCUGAGACUACUGUGCCUGCUGAUGACUUGGGUUUGUUUAUUCAAUUCAUUUAGCAUCAAAACAACUGAUAACUGUCAAUAUGAUUUGGAAAAAAAGGUACUUUGAUAAUGCAAAAGAGUACACUAUCAUUCGUGUAAGACAAGUCAGGGGUUGAUUAGUACACUAACAUGUAUGUAUGUAUGUAUGUAUGUACAUACAUAUAAUCUGUAUAUACAUUUAUAUAUAUAUACUGUAAAUACAUAUAUAUAUAUAUACACACAUAUU